AUGGCAGUGCAAGAAUGCAAGUCCCGUGAACUAUCGGUAAUAUUGUCCUUCGAUAGCUGCAAUGCAAAUGCAACCAGAUACAAAGAAAAGCUUGUUAGCAAUGGAACGGUAACUGGUGAUGAAUACGAAACAAAAGAAAGCCGGCAAUCAAUUGAUGAUGUCGAACUAUAUUUACCACAAGAAACGCGCUCAGCUUUUGGUUCUGCAUUGGGCUCUGCAAUGUCCUGCCUUGGUAGUGCUGUUGGAACAGGGAAUAUCUGGCGAUUCCCUCGUAUUGUGGCUACUCAGAGCUACUCCAAAGGGUCCCUAACUUUCUACUUAGUGUGGAUAGCGCUUUUGUUUCUUUGGUCAAUACCUAUCGUGCUGGUCGAAUACGCCGUGGGACGAUUCACCAGAAAUUCACCACUUCCGACUUACCAGAAGUUUUUGGGAAAACGAUUCCUUUGGUUAGGCGGAUGGCUUAUUGGAACGGCCUUCUUCAUCAGUGGAUAUUAUCCCGUAAUCACUGGCUGGUGCUUGUACUAUUUCUACAAGUCCAUUGCGCUGAAAGAGCUUCCAGGCGAUGAAGUGACCAGUGCCGAGUUGUUCAAAUCCUUCGCCCAAGAUUCCUAUUGGCCAGUCUUAUGUCAAUUUUUGACGGUUCUCAUUACCGGUGUGUUUCUGUUCGGUGGCAUCCGUUUGGUAGAAAAGGCGAAUUUGGUCAUGGUCCCUUUGCUUCUUCUGAUUUUAAUCUUCACCUUCGGUUGGUCAAUGACCCGCCAAUAUGCGGAAGUGGGGAUUGCUUUCCUACUCACUCCGUCAUGGGAUAGCCUUGCACAGCCAAACCUUUGGAUAGCAGCGGCCGGACAGAAUGCGUUCGACACCGGAGCUGGUUUAUCUAAUCUUCUGUGUUACGCUACGUAUAUGCCCAGGUCAGCGGGUAUCGUACGGUACAGCUUCAUCAUUCCCGCACUCAAUAAUCUCGUAAGCUUGUACGCGUCCUUCACAAUUUUCUCUACUGUCUUCUCAACCUUGAUCCAACUGGAUGGUACAACUACUCAAGCGGCAAUAUUGCGAAUCAUGAAAGGUUCUGGUCCAGGAAGCACAGGCUUGACCUUCACUUGGAUACCGGUGUUGUUCUCCAAAGUCGGCGUCCUCGGUCGAGUGCUGAGCGUGCUGUUCUUCCUUUGCCUUUCAUUCGCUGGAUUCAGUUCACUGCUCGCAAACAUACAGAUAUAUAUACUGGUCAUCAAAGAACUUGGCGUUUCCCAUCGCAUCGCUGUGGGCGUCUGCUUGUUGGCCUGUUUUAUUUGCGGCUUACCUUCCUCUAUUUGGCUACAUGUGUUGGAAAACCAGGACAAUACUUGGGGUUACGCCCUCAUCGUCUCCGGAUUCUUGUUGUCUCUGAUAGUCAUAGUAUACGGCCCUCUACGCUUCCGUCGUGUGAUCAUUAACGAAUUUGGUACCGACGAUUGGACUGCGCCUAUACUCUGGGUGCCGGUCAUCACUGUUCUCGUCCCUCUGGAGGCCGCAUUUUUGAUCGGAUGGUGGAUUUAUGGCUCCGUUACGACUGAUGCCGGCUGGUAUCUAUUCUAUUACACUUCUGUUUUGACCACAUUAGUCGAAUGGUUGCUUCUGUUAAUCUUCCUGGUGGCACUCAACAUGAUUUGCGUUCGAAUCAAGGGAGAUCUUUACGUGAAGACGCGAGAAUUAGGUGCCGACCCGUAUGACCCGUCUACCUAUGAGGACCUGGAUGAAAACAAAAUGGAUGGCAUUUGGUUAUCCACCGAUGACGCCGGUACUUCGAAAAUGGUCGCCUUUGGUCGCUAAUAUUCAGACCCACUUUAUUUGUAACUUCCAAACAUAUUUUCCGUAUUACAAAAGAUUUUUUCC